GCUGCUGAAGAAGAUGAAGAUGACAUUGAUCUCUUCGGUUCUGACGACGAGGAUGUUGAUGAGGAAGCUGAGAAGAUCAAGGCUCAGCGUAUUGCUGAAUACAACGCCAAGAAGGCUGCUAAGCCCAAGCCUAUUGCCAAGACCACCGUUACUCUCGAAGUCAAGCCUUGGGAUGACGAGACUGAUAUGGAAGCCUUGACUCAGGGUGUCCGCGAUAUCCAAAUGGACGGUCUUUUGUGGGGUGGUUCCCAGCUCGUUGCCAUUGGUUUCGGUAUCAAGAAGCUCCAGAUCAACUGUGUUGUUGAAGAUGACAAGGUUAUGUUGGAUGACUUGACCGACAAGAUCACCGAAUUGGAAGACUAUGUCCAAUCCGUUGACAUUGCUGCCAUGCAGAAGAUCUAA